CUGAAGGAARAGACCAAGAUGAAUGCAGAGCCCGAGAAGAAAUUUGGCGUGGUGGUGGUUGGUGUUGGCAGAGCUGGCUCUGUCAGGAUGAGGGACUUGCGGAAUCCACAUCCUUCCUCAGCGUUUCUGAACUUGAUCGGUUUCGUGUCCAGACGGGACCUUGGGAGCAUUGAUGAAGUGCAGCAGAUAUCUUUGGAAGAUGCUCUUUCCAGCCAAGAAGUGGAGGUUGCCUACAUCUGCAGCGAAAACACCAGUCAUGAGGACUACAUCAGGAAGUUCCUGAAUGCUGGCAAGCAUGUCCUUGUGGAAUAUCCCAUGACGCUGUCUUUAGCAGCAGCUCAGGAAUUGUGGGAGCUGGCCRAGCAGAAAGGAAAAGUUUUGCAUGAGGAACAUAUUGAACUGUUGAUGGAGGAAUUUGCUUUCCUGAAAAAAGAAGUGGUGGGAAAAGAACUGCUGAAAGGGUCUCUCCUCUUCACAGCUGGCCCUUUGGAAAAAGAACGGUUUGGCUUCCCUGCAUUCAGUGGCAUCUCUCGCCUGACCUGGCUGGUCUCUCUCUUUGGGGAGCUCUCCCUUGUGUCUGCCACUUUGGAAGAGCGAAAAGAAGAUCAGUAUAUGAAAAUGACUGUGCACUUGGAGACCGAAAACAAAUGUCCACUGUCAUGGAUUGAAGAGAAAGGACCUGGUCUAAAACGAAACAGAUAUUUAAGCUUCCAUUUCAAAUCUGGGUCCCUGGAGAAUGUGCCAAAUGUAGGUGUCAAUAAGAACAUUUUCCUAAAAGAUCAAAAUAUAUUUGUCCAGAAACUCUUAGGCCAGUUCUCUGAGAAGGAACUGGCGGCUGAAAAGAAGCGCAUCCUGCACUGCCUGUCUCUUGCAGAAGAAAUCCAGAAAUACUGCCUUCCAAAGAAGUGAGGAGGAAGUGACCCAGGGCUCUCAGAUCGGAUCAGAGUUUGAUGUUUAUCAAGAAUUGACCUUUAUUCUUAUAAUUAAACAUUAGCUAAAAACAGGAUUAUCUUACUGUAGUAGUUGCUUUGGGGUGAUAUUUUGGAUUGGGACUAUGCAGUUUGGAUGAGGAAAGAACUUACCUUGGUUGAGCUGAGCCAAAUGCUCUGUAUGCUGUUUUCAUUUACUCCUCCCCACAGCCCUAUGAGAAGGGCGUGGGCAUGCCUCUCAUUAAUGAACCAGAAAACCUUGUUUSAAGUCAACCAGAUAGUAAAUAGCAGAACUGGACUUUUAAGCCUACCUGUGAUCUGAACCACUACCAAAUGCUGCCUUAAACUCUUUCCUGCAUUAAAG